AUGCCUUCACAGGAAGAGAAUAGCCAAGCCAACACAUCAUUUAAAUUAAAAGUGAAAAUUGUGAGUGCAAAGCUACACAAACACACCAGAUCUACGGCCCUCUCACGUAUCCGGAACCCUACAUUUUAUGUUGAGUUCAAUACUACAUCUUGGGACGCCCCACCUCCUUCAGACAGUCCGACGAACACGGACCACAUAACUUCCAAUCGGGGUUCAACUUCGGCCAAAACCGGAUGGACUCCGCAUUUUAAUUCCAGGACCAACUUUAACAUUAACAUCAACUCUCAUAUCGAAUUCCUCAUCGUCUCACAGGCUUCUGUACAUGCUUCCUUGAACAAUGGGGCUGGACUUGUUGUUGGGUACUCACGUCUCGGAAUCCGCGAUGCUUUGAGAAACCAUGGUAAUAAUUUGGAGGAUGCGGCCUUCGCUUUGGAUAUACUGCCUCUGCCAACAGAUCAGUCAGUGGACGGCACCACCCUGACUUCUCUAGGUACGCUGAAUCUACUUCUCACAGCUUCGGCUAGAGCUGUCAACGCGGCGAUUGUGGCUGUCAACAUCAAUCAGCGACCUUCUGUAGUUGUUGAUGUUUUGGUUCGUGAUACCUUUGGUGGUGGUGUUAUUAUUGGUAGCACAUACUCUCGCUUUUAUGUUACCUUUGAAAUCGCCGCGGUGAAGUCUCUUUCACUCCAAACAUCUCUAUCAGGAAUCUUUUUUUCAAUUUUACUGCGGCCCACUACAAUUAAUGAAAAUUCUCGAUCAUCCACGCCCACUACCACUAGCAGUGCAGCACCUAGCAAUAUUGUCACAAAUGGUUCUUCUGCUGCGCCUGCCACCAAUGCGUCUGCCACGGCUGGCGACCUUUUGACUGUUCCGCGUCGACAAAACGGAUCCAGAAGGCGUUCCGCCCCGAAUACGGAAGGUCUACCACCACACUGGGAGCAACGUACCGAUCCCUCCACUGGAAGAACUUACUACGUUGAUCAUUUAACAAAGCGAACACAGUGGGAGAAACCACAGCCUCUUCCGAGCGGGUAUGCGACAAUAACGCCUUUAUUCCUUUGUGGUUUUACGAAGCCAUGA